UAAUGAACUCUCGGUGCCUGCUAUCGAUAUUUUAACUCCUUGUUGCACUAAGGGCACGAGCGGAUAUGACAGUAAGUGUGUCCGUCUGUUAAUAUCGAAUUCAGAUAUCAUCGACUCGGCAAAUAUUUACGAGUGUGUUUCUAUACUAAAAUUAUAGAAAAGACAAAAAGCAAUUACAAAUAUGGAGAUGGAUACGUAUUUAUACGGUAUCGAAGACGACUUUUUGGACUUUUAUGAUCCGACUGUAGACUAUGCGGAUAGUUUAGAAUCGCCUUGUUCUACGAAUGAAUCGGACACGGAAAGUUUCAGUUUGGAACAUCCGCCACGGACAAAAAAUGGCAAGCGCCCCGGAAGGAAAAUUCAGCAGCGCUCAGCAGCAAACCAACGAGAACGAAGACGCAUGAAAUCUAUCAAUGAUGCCUUUGACAUUCUUAGAGAAAGUAUCCCUACCAGCGUCAAUGCUGACAGGAGAUUGUCGAAAGUGGACACUUUGAAAUUAGCUAUUAGAUAUAUAGGUUAUCUUGCGGACAUGGUUGAAACCAGCAGUGAAUAUUCUCAAGACAGUCAGUACUCCAAAUCUAACCGACCACAAGAGAAGGUCAUCGUUCGCUGUCAUUUUGAUGAUUAUGCCAGCUCUCCUGACGGUGCCAUGGAGUACAUGGGACACUCCUUAUCAUGGGACCAUGUGGAUCAAAACCCCGUGCGAACUGUAGAUAACAAACAGUGUGCUAAAGUGUGGGUGCCAGGACAUCCCUCAGACACAGACUUAUUAAAUCUCUCGGCCACAUAUUCCGGCGACUUUGGAGCUGUGUCGUGACAGCUAUAUAUAUAUGGCUCUUAUCAUUCUUUUGGACACUCUGUGACAUUUUUUCCGAUCACUUUUCAUAUAAUGUCUGCCCAGUUUGUCUGUUCGACAAGCGCGAAACAAUAUUCAAUUUACCAGUAAUUUCUUACCGAUACCGAAAAUGUCUUUAUAUAAGAAUAUGCAAAUUGUUAAUGACCUUAUGCAAAACGAGUGACCUUAUAUGGUAAACCCGUAGUAGUGAUAAGCUGGUUCAAUGUUUGUCAUUGUGGCUUUAUGCAAAUUUGGAUGAGAUGAUAUGGAAAUGACAUUUCAUCGUCAUCGUUUUAAGUCCACGAUUUCACAUUUCAUGAUACACGAGGCUGGCCCUCUAUUCAUUAUAUCGAUUACAACGCAUGCGCAAUAUUUCGAGAUCCUGAGUUGUACGCGAGUAUGUUAUUGUUGGUUUAAAACAAACACAAUGAACAUGUACUGGGACUCGGGAUUAACUUUGUUAUCAUCACGUUCAAUGUUCAUUAUGAAAUUAUAUGUAUUUUUACGAUUAUAUAUUUAUUUUUAUAUGUACAGUACCCAAUGCUAUCUCAAAUCCAUUAA